AUGAAAGUCGAUGGGUGGGAGACUGAGGCGGUCGAAUAUCCAAGCGUUGGAGCUGAGCCUCCCACCAAGCAUAUGCCCGAAGAUGCUGCAGCCAUACGCGCCGUGUUGACGCCUCUUGUUGAGCAAGGCAAGGAGGUCAUCGUCGUCGUGCACUCGUAUGGAGGAGUUCCUGGUGCCAGUGCCAUUCAGGGCUUAGGGUGGAAACAACGUGCAAAGGAGGGAAAGACGGGUGGCGUCAGCCUCUUCAUCUACCUUUCGGCCUUUGUUACAAGAAAGGGCAAGUGUCCGAAGGAGUUGUUGGGCGGCCAAUUUCUCCCCUGGAUGAAGUUUGAUGGAGACUAUUCGCGUGUCGAAUCGCCAGAGAAGGUUUUCUAUCACGAUCUCAAUGCCGAGGACCUGAAAUGGGCCUUGGACAACCUCAAGCACCAAUCGGCACCCAUUUUCACGGACGCUGCUGAUUACGAGCCCUGGCACGAAAUUGACUGUGGCUACAUCUUUUGCGAUGACGACCAAGCUAUCCCACUGCCAGUCCAAGAACAGCUUGCGUCUGCUCUUGGACCCGAUGCUUUUUUCACCCACUUGAAGGCUUCCCACUCGCCCUUCCUGUCCAUGGUGCCAGAGCUUACUGGUGCUCUGGAGAAGGCGGCCGCGUUUGCGAACGAGAAAAUCGCAGCCUAG